CGCAGGUUCCUGGGGCUCGGAACGUCAGUGAGCUCGUCUGUUUCCUUGGGACUCUUGCGCGCGAUUGCACUUUCACAACAUCAUUCUGUUGCCUUGCGUGUUGUCGUGGUUGCUGUCGCGGCUCAAUCGAACUUCUAAUAUGUCUCUGUCAGCACCAUCAAGGGAAAUGCUGCUUCUAUCUCGGCAAUUGGGUCGCCAAUGCCUCCGCGCGCACGCACUGCGGCCCCGCAACCGCAACCCGGUUCUCUCUGGCUCUGGGCCUUCGACGAGACGAACGGUUGCAACUUUCAACACGCCGCACCACGCCGGUGCCAUAUCCGUAAUCAAGAGCAACGUCGAUACGAGCUCCGAUGAAUACAAGGAAAACGAGAAGCUUAUGGGCGAGGCCAUGGCCCGGCUGGAUGCGCUCACCAAGAAGGUGCAGCAGGGUGGCUCGGCAAAGGCGAGGGAGAAGCACCUGGCGCGCAAGAAGAUGCUGCCCAGGGAUCGAGUCACGGCGCUCAUUGAUCCCGGGACUACAUUUCUAGAGUUGUCGCCCCUGGCCGGCCACGAGCUGUACCCCGAGGCUGAGGUUCCGGCAGGCGGUGUCGUCGCCGGUGUUGGUGUCGUCGAGGGCGUCACCUGCAUGAUUGUCGCCAACGAUAGCACGGUCAAGGGCGGGACCUACUACCCGAUCACGGUGAAGAAGCAUCUCAGGGCGCAGGCCGUUGCGCAGGAAAACAAGCUCCCCUGCAUCUACCUCGUCGACUCGGGCGGUGCAAACCUCCCGCACCAGGCGGACGUCUUCCCUGACCGCGAACACUUCGGGCGCAUCUUCUUCAACCAGGCGCGCAUGUCGGCCGCGGGGAUACCCCAGAUCGCGGUUGUCAUGGGCCCCUGCACAGCCGGCGGCGCCUACGUCCCAGCCAUGAGUGACGAGAGCAUCAUCGUGCAAGAGCAGGGCCACAUCUUCCUCGCGGGGCCGCCACUCGUCAAGGCGGCCACGGGCGAGGUCGUCAGCCCGGAGGACCUCGGAGGUGGCAAGAUGCACUCGUCGGUCUCGGGCGUGACAGACUACCUGGCCGUGGACGAUGCGCACGCCAUUGUGCUCGCGCGGCGCUCCAUCAGUAACCUCAAUUGGCCGACCAAAGCCACCUCGACGACACCGAGCUUCUCGGAGCCUCUCUACGACCCCUCAGAACUCCUCGGCAUCGCCUCCACCAACCUGCGCAAGCCGCUCCCAAUCCACGAGGUCAUCGCCCGCAUCGUCGACGGCUCCGCCUUCGCCGAGUUCAAGCGCGACUACGGCACGACGCUCGUGACGGGCUUCGCCAACAUCUACGGCCACCGCGUAGGCAUCGUAGCCAACAACGGCAUCCUCUUCAGCAGCUCGUCGCUCAAGGGCGCGCACUUCAUCGAGCUGUGCGCGCAGCGCGGCAUCCCGCUCGUCUUCCUGCAGAACAUCAGCGGCUUCAUGGUCGGCAAGGACGCCGAGCGCGAGGGGAUCGCCAAGAACGGCGCCAAGCUGGUCACGGCCGUCGCGUGCGCCGACGUGCCCAAGUUCACCGUCGUCGUCGGCGGCAGCUACGGCGCCGGCAACUACGGCAUGUGCGGCCGCGCCUACUCCCCGCGCUUCCUGUGGAUGUGGCCCAACGCGAAGAUCGGCGUCAUGGGCGGCGAGCAGCUCGCCAGCGUUAUGGAGACGGUCGGGCAGAAGGCCGAUACCGGGUUGAAGGAGCGCAUUGACAGGGAGAGUGAUUGCGUGUUCUCGUCGGCGCGGUUGUGGGACGACGGCGUUAUUCCUCCGGCGCAUACACGGCAAUAUCUGGGUCUGGGUUUGAACGCGGCGAUGGGCGGUCGGAAUGUUGUUGCCCCGGGGCAGACCAAGUUUGGUGUCUUCAGGAUGUAAACUCUGGCGAGCGUGUCCACGUACCACCUAAAUGUCCACAAUCGUCAAAGCAACGAAUCCAUUGAAACUCCAACGUGCCAGCUGUAAGGUACAUCACUGGUCGAGCUGGCUUCGUGUCUCCGGGUCGGUCAAGAAUAAUCGUGGUCGGACAUACCGAUCGGCCAACAGCUGUCUCACGGCAUGUCGGGGCUCCCGCCCGUGUUCC